AUGAAUUUAUCUUCUGAUGGUGGAGUAUCUGUUGAAGAGGAGAAUGACUUCUCAUUUCCCGCUGGUUCAUCAGCACCUGAGGGUGAUGAUGAAGUUACAGAGUCUCAAAUUAGAGCCUUUCUGAAUGAGAAGACACUCUCUUGGGUGGAGGGUACCGAUUGCUGCUUUUGGGAAGGAGUGACCUGCAAUAUUGUGACUGGUAAUGUAAUUGGGUUGGACCUCAGCUUCACUUGUUUGAGCGGUACCAUUGACAACAACAGCACUCUCUUCCAACUUUCACACCUUCGAAGGCUCAGUCUUGCUGCAAUUUAUCCAUUUGAGGAUUUCCCAUUACCAUCUGCGUUUGGUUGGUUCAGAGAAUUGACGCAUCUUAACCUUUAUGAUUGUGGAUUUUCUGGUUUAAUACCCCCGGAAAUAUCUCACCUAUCCAAUUUGGUUUCACUUGAUCUAACUGAAUUUGAAAUUUCUGAUUCCACUCAGCUGAGCUUUGAAAAACAUACUUUCGCGUUGCUAGUAAAAAACCUUACAAGGUUAAGUUUCCUCCAUCUUCAAGGCGUUGAUAUGUCUUCGGUGUCUCCUGAUUUGUUGUUGAACUUAUCUUCUUCAAUUUCAGUUCUCUCACUCGGAGAAACAGGAAUGCAUGGAAAAUUCCCAGCUGAGGUUUUGUGCCUACCAAACCUUCAAAUACUCGAUUUAUAUUACAUUAUUAAUCUAACAGGGUUUCUCCCACAGUCUAAUUGGAGCAGUCAUCUUAGGCAUUUGGAGCUCUCUCAUACAAGUUUCAAAGGAGAAAUACCUGAUUCAAUUGGAAACUUAAAAUUCUUGGAAAGGAUAAAUUUUGAAGUUUGUUAUUUCACAGGGACAAUUCCAGCCUCAAUUGGGAAUCUUACUCAACUCAUUGCCUUGGUUUUACGUUACACUGCUUUAACCGGCCAACUCCCAUCAUCAAUAUCAAAGCUAGAGCACCUGCGUGACUUGUACGUCUCACAGAACUCGUUGGCAGGACAGAUUCCAGAUUUCGGUAACCUUAAUAAGCUGAAUCAUUUAGAUCUUUCACAUAAUAAUUUCAGCGGUCCUCUCCCUAAUCAUCUGAAUCAGCUUUUGUCACUAGCCGAGGCAGACUUGUCUAACAACUUUCUCACUGGCAUAAUACCAUCUGAGUUGUUUAGUCUGCCAUCUUUGGCAUAUUUACAGCUUAGUUAUAACGCAUUCUCUGGUCCUAUUGACCCAUUCCAGCCAUCUAAUUCACUGCAAUCAGUUCUUUUGAACACUAAUAAGAUAAGUGGUUCAAUUCCAAGUUCCAUCUUUGAACUUGUGAACCUCGCUUAUCUUGAUCUUUCAUCAAAUAACUUCAGUGGAACUCUCCAAUUGGACAUGUUACUACAAAUGAAAUUCCUCCUACAGAUUAAGCUUUCGAGGCUGGAAGAGUUUGGCUUAUCUGAAUCUUGCCCAAAAUUUUCUGACAUACAUAGAACACCAUCCAUGGAGGGAUAUUUUGACUCUUGA